AUGACAAAUCCAGGAAACCCGAAACGGGUAGCAUAUAUCGUAAAGGCGGUACAGUACAGAAAGGAACUGACAGAAGAGGAACACAAACGGGUUGAAGAUUUAGUGGAAAUAUAUGCAGACAUAUUUGCAUGCUCACUUUCAGAGGUCCUCCCGAUACCAGGAGCCCAACAUCGACUGAACAUACCAGAAGACACCACAUUUAACCUACGCAUUCGUCAACGAGCGCUUACACCACCGCAAGCUAAGUUCUUACAUGGCCGGAUUGACGAAAUGCUAGCGGCGGGGAUAAUCGAAAAGGCACCAGCAGAACAGGUCAAAUGCUGCGCCACCACGGUAUCAGCGCAGAAGGCACACGAACAAGGAGGACUCACGCUGGAAGAACUACAAUACAAAGUCAACGAACAGUAUACGAAGCACGGACAACCGCCAGCCUUCAUCUUACCAGAACGCAAAGUACAAGAGGCACCUCGAGAAGCAUUAGAAAACAAGCCACUGUAG